UCGCUCUUCCCCUCACGCGAAUUCCACCCUCCCCUACCUGAGAACUUCGUUACACGCGCUGAGUUUCGCGAGUAAAUAAGCAUUUUCCACGGUGGAAAUAAUAAAUCGGGGUUAUUUUUUUUUUGGUCUUUUUUUCCGGAGUUAGUUUCUCUAAUUAUUUUUUUUGUUCAUUUUAAUCGUCAUCCCCUAAACCGUUUCACGAAAACGGAUUAUAAAUUUAAAGAUCCAUUCUUGCUUCUCUCCGCAAGUUUCUUCUUUUUCUGUUUCUCCAUCGACAAUAAAUAUUCGUGCGAGAGGGAUUUUCAACCUACAGAAAAAAAAAAAGCAGAAAGCUGGGUCAACGACGUUUUGACCGGGUAAUACAACAAAAGUACAAGGGCAAAAUAGUCAUUAAAAACACUCGCAUACGUAUGUACCGCAUGGAGAAGAGAGAUACAACUCAACCACUUUGUAUAUUUAUAAGCCUCAAGAGAUAAACGAAAAUGAGAUAGAGAGAUAAGGGGACCAGAAGCGUUAGAUAGAGAGAGAGAGAUUUGUAAUCCUUCAGACACACACAGAAAGAAGAUUAUGUUGCCCGUAAAAAAAACCAAAAGAGCUUUUUACUCCGCCGAUGCUGGAGACGGCGUCUUUACGCCGGGAAAGAAACGACGAAGAUGUCUUUCGUCCCCGGUAUCUAAAGCCGGACCAGAUUUGUUAGAUACAAUCCCAGACGAUCUUGUUGUUUCUAUCCUUCGCAGACUUGCUUCUACAUCUCGAUGCCCUGCUGAUUUCAUCAACGUUUUAAUGACAUGUAAGAGAUUAAAGAGUUUAGCUACGAGUCCUCUUGUUCUGUCGAGAUUGUCUCGGAAAGCGAUUGCCGUAAAGGCGCAGAAUUGGUCGGAAGAUGCUCACCGGUUUCUCAAACGCUGCGUCGACGCCGGAAGCCUCGAAGCUUGCUACACUCUCGGCAUGAUUCGGUUUUACUGUCUGCAAAACAGAGGAAACGGCGCGUCGCUGAUGGCUAAAGCCGCGAUUAGCUCCUACGCGCCUGCUUUAUACUCUUUAGCCGUGAUUCAGUUCAACGGAAGCGGCGGCUCCAAGAACGACAAGGAUCUUCGAGCCGGCGUGGCUUUGUGCGCGCGUGCGGCUUUCUUGGGACACGUCGACGCGCUGCGCGAGCUCGGUCACUGUCUCCAAGACGGUUACGGUGUUCCGCAGAACGUCUCCGAAGGUCGGAGAUUCCUCGUUCAAGCCAACGCUCGUGAGCUCGCCGCCGUCUUAUCCUCCGGGAACGAAGCUUGCUCGUGGCUCACUCUGUCGCAGCCUCAAGUCACUAACCAAAUCCGUGGUUGUCCGUUGCUGAGUGAUUUCGGAUGUAAUGUCCCGGCGCCGGAGAUACAUCCGGCGAACCGGUUUUUAGCGGAUUGGUUCGCCGUGCGCGGCGGAGAUGCUCCCGGAGAUGGGUUGAGGUUGUGUUCUCACGGCGGAUGUGGACGGCCGGAGACGAGGAAGCAUGAGUUUAGGAGGUGUUCUGUUUGCGGCGUUGUGAAUUACUGUUCACGCGCGUGUCAAGCUCUUGAUUGGAAACUCCGGCAUAAGAUGGAUUGUGCUCCGGUGGAGCAAGAUGCGGCUGGUGGUGACGGAGAAGGUAACGUUCAGAUUGAGGGAAACGUUAACGGUGAUAACGUAUUGGUGCCCAUGAGUUGACGGUGAACAAGUAACGGCUGCUUUAAUUAGACGCGAAGAAGAUGAGAGGUAAACGAAGCUUUGUUUAGUUUCGUUUUUUGUUUGAUUAGUGGAAAGAUUAGGAUUAAAAUAUUACCAACGGUUAGAUGUGGCGUUAAAAGAGUAAAUUUUGUAUUCUAAUCGAUUGUAAAGAUGAGUCUCUCAAUGAACGGCUAGAAUGCUUUUUCUGAUUUUUUGGUUAAGUUAUUUAGUUAUACUUUUCUUCUUUUAUCUUUGUGUACGUAAUGUCGUAAGGUGCUUACUUUUCUUCUUCUUUGGCAAGUCCGAAACUGAA